CUAGCCGAUUGGGUUAUUCACCCCACACUCUCUCACCCCCUCACCACCCUGGCACUCAGGGCAACGAAGGAGGGGGCUAGACGAGAACACGAUGAUGACGGAUGAAAAGAAGUUAUCGACGAUCCAGGAACCCCCGUUAGACUCGAUAAGUGAUAGCACCAGCGUACUGAGCGACUACCAUGCCGAAGAGAUCCUUCCGUAUGAAGCUGAUGAUUCGCCAUUCCCGGAGGUCCGCGCGGUGGUCCGGCCGGUCGAUGACCAGCACUUGCCGGUCAACACGGUGCGCAUGUGGGUGAUUGGCGUGGUCUUUACCAUAGUUGGAAGCGGCCUAAACCAGUUCUUUAGCUUGCGACAACCGAGCGUAACCAUCAGUGCAUUAGUCGCGCAGUUGGUGGCGUAUCCGAUCGGAUGCGCUUGGGCACAGUGGGUGCCGCUGGGCUGGUUGAACCCGGACCGCCAUUUCAACAUCAAGGAGCAUGCCUUGAUCACGAUCAUGGCCAAUGUCUCGUUCGGAUCGGCGGCAGCCACUCAGAUGAUUGAGGCCAUGGUCAAAUUCUAUGGCAUGCCUUCUCACGGCGGAUUCGAAAUCCUGCUGGUAAUCACGAGUCAGCUGUUCGGCUUUGGCCUGGCGGGCAUGGCAUCGCGCUGGCUGGUGGGCCCGGCAACCAUGAUCUGGCCGCAGGUGCUGUCGAAUGCAGCCCUACUUUCGUCCCUGCAUUCGCGCAAAAACCUCGUUGCCGACGGGUGGAUCAUUAGCCGACUCCGGUUCUUCCUGAUCGUCUUUGUUUUGGGCACGAUCUGGUACUUCGUUCCUGGCUACCUUUUCUCCGCCCUCAGCACCUUCAGUUUUAUCUGUUGGAUUGUACCCGACAAUGUAGUGGUGAAUCAGCUGUUCGGCCAGGUGACAGGACUGGGAAUGUCCCUGUUGACGUUCGAUUGGGCCCAGGUUGUUUUUGCGAAUCAAAGCCCACUAUUGGUCCCUUUCUGGGCGGGCCUGAAUGUCAUGGGUUCAUUCGUCUUGUUCUACUGGGUGAUUUGUCCCAUCAUCUACUACACCAACACCUGGUACUCCGCGUAUCUGCCCAUUCUCAAUUCGAACACCUUCGACAACACGGGCAGGUCUUACAAUACCUCCCGGGUGAUGAACCCAGAUGGGUCCUUCAAUGUAGACGCGUAUCGCGAUUACUCCCCCAUGUUCUUGCCUGCGGGGUUUGCCUUGACGUAUGGCAUCGCAUUCGCUAAUCUUACCGGCAUCUUUUUCCACGUGGCGUUGUACCAUGGGAAGGAUUUAGUCGAACAGUGGAAAGGACGUGACCAGAAGGACGUCCAUUGCCGGCUCAUGGCGACCUACAAGAGGGUCCCUUGGUGGUGGUUUGCUGCCGUCACCGUCCUCAUGUUUGUGCUGAGCGUUGUGACUAACGAGGUGUGGCAUACGGGGUUGCCGGCAUGGGCCGUGCUGGUGUCCUUUCUUCUGCCCAUCAUCUACUUCAUCCCCGUCGGAAUCAUCAAGGCAGUCACCAACAUUUCCAGCAAUCAGCUCAAUCUGAUCACCGAGUUUGUCGGCGGGUAUGCGUUCCUCGGUCGGCCGGUCGCAAACAUGGCUUUUAAGUUCUACGGCUUUGUAGCCGUGUCCCAGGGUCUGGAAUUCGUGGCGGAUAUGAAAUUGGCACAUUAUCUUCACAUUGCCCCCCGAACACUUUUUAUCGCCCAGGGAAUUGCCACGCUCAUCGGAGCCGUGGUGCAGUGCGGUGUGACCGUUUUUAUGAUCACACGGAUUCACGGUGUGUGUACACCUGAAGCCGCAGGAGGCUUUAGUUGCCCGCAUGGGGCCGUGACCUACUCCUCCUCGUUAAUCUGGGGUGCCCUUGGGCCGGAGCGGAACUUCUCCCCGGGCCAUAUCUAUGGCAACCUGCUUUGGUUCUUCCUCGUGGGCCCGGUGGUUGUGGUUCUCACGUGGCUGUUAGGCCGGCGGUGGAGGAAGUUCAAUUAUCUCUCUUGGCCGGUGGCGUUUGGCGCAAUGAGUUUGGUUCCUCCCGCGACGGGCAUCAACUUCUCCUCGUGGUGGGUAGUCAAUGUCAUCUUCAACGGGCUAUUGAGGCGACGGAAGCCAGCCUGGUGGUCUAAGUAUAAUUACGUGCUCUCCGCUGCCCUUGAUGCCGGAGUCGCGGUCGCGACAGUCAUUAUUUUCUUCUGCAUCACGCUGCCUGCGGGGAAACUGAACUGGUGGGGAAAUAUGGUGUAUGGUCAGACCACGGAUGCUCAUGGCACUCCAUAUCGACCUCUGCCUGCAGCUGGGUUCUUCGGGCCUGAUAAAGGAACCUGGGAAUGACCCCGACUAGAUUUCUCUUUGGAUGUGUAUAGUAUUGUACAUAGAUGA